UCUAAACAGAUAAACUUAAGCCUUCCUCCAAAGCACAGCAAACAACUUCCAUGGUAAAACAUUGUGUCGGGAAAUAUUAUCUACAUAAUUUUCAAUCAUUCAAAGAAAUCAUCUGCUGAUCGGAGACGAUAAAGAGGAGCAGCUAGAAGAAAAAGAAAAUAGCAGUAACGUUGUCAAUCAAGGAAACACAAGAUGGAGGCAGCAAGGACUUCAAAGCAAUUUGGAGAACCCAACCAGCAUUCCGAUGUUACUCUUGUGGUAGAAAAUCAAAAGCUUUACGUACACAAAGCUCUUCUAAUUCUACAUUCACCUGUAUUUGAGAAAAUGCUGACAGGGGACUUUAAAGAAAAAGAAUUAAAGGAAAUCCCGCUGCCAGGAAAGAAAUAUUCUGUAAUGGUGGAGCUCAUGGAGCAGAUCUACCCCGGAAAUGCCACUGACUUAGUCAAAGAUGAAACCAUUGAGGACCUUCUUCAGCUGGCGGAUGAAUACGCCGUUCAGCAGGUUUUCACCAAUUGUACACAGUACAUCAACAACAUUCUGCGGUCGGAGGAUGAGCUGUCCACGGACCGCACUCUACUUUAUCUCGGCGUGGUGGAGCGCUACGAAAGGCUGCAAUCACUCAGAAGCAGGUUGAUAGAACGAGCAAGCCGAAUACCUGCCAACGACAUGAUCAGAAGCAAGUUCUUUCGUCUAGUGCCUGCUACAGCCAUGAGAGACGCCUUACUCAAGCAAAUUUUGGAUUAUGGUUCAUCAAUACCAAUCAAUAUUAAACUACAUCCAAAAAGGAAAAGAUAUGACUAGUAAAAUGUAAAUAAUCAUUUUCUUCUUUAUUCCUUUAUUGAUCACACGUGUUAACUGACAGCAGUACUUCAACAGUCAUUAGCAAAAAUAAACAUUAUUAUUUGUGGUAGUCAAUUCUUUGUGUACAGUGAGUCGGGGGUCGCUCAAGCGAGACUUUCGGUUUCCCUUCGCUCGACUGAUACUUUUUGUUUCCUUUCACGGCUGGUGUCAAUGAAAUGUGCGUUAAUACCGCUUCAAAGCAAAUGUCUGCCUCUGUACUUACUACUAUAUCUACUGUCAGCACUGCAUCUGCUGCUACUGCUAUCCUGUCAUAUACUUUUAAUACUUAAUAUGUGUAACGCUUCUCUUUGAAUCCUUGUUAUGCAC